AUGGAUGAUCCUCUUCUUUAUCACUCUAUAGUUGGUGUGUUACAAUAUGUUACUAUUACACGACCUGAACUCAGCUAUAGUGUCAAUAAAGUAUGUCCAUUUAUGGCCCAGCCAUUAUUGGAACAUUGGAAAGCUGUAAAAUGCAUCCUUCGCUACUUAAAAGGAACUCUAGCUUGUGGAUGUCCAAUUGCUCUCACUCAUGGGUAUCACACUUUAAAUGCUUAUUGUGAUGCUGAUUGGGCAUCAGAUCUCGAUGAUCGUCAGUCCACCUCUGGUGCCUGUAUUUUCUUUGGAUCUAAUUUAGUCUCCUGGUGGUCUAAAAAGCAACCUAUAGUUUCAUGUUCUAGUGUUGAGGCAGAGUAUCGAAGUCUUGCAAUCAUUGUAUCUGAAAAACUAUGGUCGUAG